AUGGACCAAGUGCGAUCAUGGUUUUGGCAGAGACCGCGGUCUCUCAUCCAGCGCUCUGUCGACGCUGCUCUUACGACGAUACCAGCCGUUCCGAGGGCCAUUGGUCGAGUCUUCAGGUCUAAUCGGUCCGCACGCCAGUCACCUCCAUCCACGCCCUCCAGAAGGGCACGCAAAAGGGCUCGUUCGGAUUCGCCUCUCACUCAAGAACAAGCUUCCCAAGGCUCCAGUCGGCAGGAGCCCGUCGAAUCAGAGGCUGCUGCGCAGUCUUCCCCCUCCCGUCUUCUUCCAACUCGUACACCAUCAGCGACGACGACAACCCUCAUUCGCAAAACGACCCACCCGAAUCAGCCGGCGAUUUACUCUCUUCCGCAUGAUGUCCUCGGGGAGAUCUUUUACUUUUAUAUCCACGGAACGGGCUCGAAGAAGAAACGGAAAGUGGGUGUAACGACGCAUCGAUGGCAGUACGAGACUCCGCUUGUCCUGGGUAUGGUGUGCAGACCGUGGCGGCAGGUCACCCAUGCCUACGCGUCUUUGUGGUCCACGAUCCAGGUCACCUAUCCCCGGACCAAGGACGUCCCGCAGCUGGCGCAUUGGCUAAAGAUGUCGAGAACGUGUUUGUUGGAUAUCACGGUUCUGCAGCAUAGGAAGUCGACGGGUGUUGAUGUUGGGCUCCGCGAGACGCUGAAGGAGGUGAUGGCUCAUGGUCCGCGGUGGAAGUACGUUGCGUUCAAGUUGACCAAUAUGGAGGCUCCGCCUGGCGAGGAUGAGCUCGCCACGCUGGCGGUGGAAACGCCUGAAUUGCUAGAGUUUUCUCUCGGUUUGCCGGCGCCUAGCAGCAGCGUCGUGGCGAACGAGAAUCUGAACUUUUGCAAGUUCUUGUAUACUGCUCCAAAGCUAAAGAGCAUUCUCUUCGGACGUGGACUUCGACCGUCGAUAUCGUCUAUACAGGAAAACGCGGCGUUCUGGGAGAAGUUGGAGCAUGCCAGCUUCUAUACGCUUAGUAUGCGCGAAGUCCUCACCCUCCUCUCCACUUGUAAAUCCCUCACCAGCUUCUUCGUCUACGACCUCGUUCAACCUUUCCUCGACUCUGACGAGAUUGGGGAAAGGGUUGUCCACCCGAUGCUUCGCUCGCUCACAUUCACGGCCGUGAUGUCCCUGGACCAUCUCUUGGAUCGGGUUACCCUUCCAGCGCUCACGGACCUCAAACUCGCUGCUGGAUUCGGAUGCCCGCCUGCACAAGGGUGGAAGUCGCUCAAGAACCUCUUCGAGAGGUCGGAGUGUACCCUCAAGUCGCUGGACUACCGAGACGAUUGGGAGGGCAACAACGAACCUAUCAUCGCAUACCACCUCGGUUCUCCGAAACUCUACGGCGUCACCCACCUCACCAUCCACAACAUCGUCAAAGAUAUCACACUGCAAUACCUCACCAUCUCCACCAAAGACGGGCGACACCCCCUCCCCAACUUGGAAGUUCUCAAUCUCCCAUGCGUCUCAGCUGCAGAUGGCGUGUUGGAGCGGAUGGUGCGAACGCGGUUGGAAGUGGAGGAUCCGAAAUUCCAAGAGCUGAAUGCGGUGGUGAUGAUUAAUCUGGACGAUACGAUUGAGGAUCUGGCUGCGCGGUUGGCGACGGAUCCGGAUGGGAGUAAGAGAGCGGAGAGGUUGAAGGCGAUGGUGAAGAGGGAUUUGGGGAUGGGAGAGGAGUUUCCGCAUCCCGCUGUGGACGUGUUUGCGCCGAGAUUAGCACCACUCCUUAAACUUCUCCCAACUCACCAUCCUUCAGCGCCGAGACAGGUACAAGUUGCCCCUCCCCCUCCAUUUGACACAAUCCCAGAUGAGCUUGUGUCGAAGAUUUUCGACCACUACGUUUACGACUUAGACGUCCUGGUCACGGUGCCUUCACCUCUUCGCAUAAUCUGUGCCCGAUGGCGAGCGAUUGCCACAUCCGCACCUGUCCUAUGGUCCAGUAUCUCCGUCUUCAAUCCAAGACCACAAGAUGUCUCCGUCUAUCGACGAUGGCUUGAAUAUUCUCAACAAUCCCUGCUGGAACUCACGAUUCGUGUCAUCGGCCUCAAGACUGCAGCGAUCGGGUCCAUCCUCGCGGCUACCCUCACAGAAUCACAUCGUUGGAGGCGUAUAACGCUGCACAUCAUGUGGGAGGACAUCGAAGCGCUCGAGUGGGAACGUAUGGUCCACCCGGACAACUUGGAGUUCUUUGAUAUUUACAUCUCCAAGGGAGAGGGGCGGGCGUGGCGCAGGUUUUGCUCCCUCCUUGCUUCUUCAAGAGCCCUGCGAUAUUUCAAGGCCACACCGCAACUGUUCUCUCCAACCUGGAUAACCGACAUCCAUUGGGCCAGCAUCACGACUGUCCAGAUUGCGGACCUUAUGGAGACGCAGAAGGUGGUGGAAAUGCUCCGACAAGCACCUUCACUUCAGCGAUGCAUUCUGGACGUCGUGGGGCCCCUUCUGAGGGAUUUCCCGGCGUACAGCACUCCGAUUGAAGUACGUUCGCUUGAGGAGCUACACAUACGCGCCGUUCGCCCUCGAUUUCUGGACUUCGUUGUCCUUCCUUCGCUGAUCAAUCUCUCAAUUGGAAUCCCGUGCUAUGCUGGCACCGACUCUUACUCUUACGGAGGCUGGGACAGGGAUGGUGUAUGGUCUCCCAUUGAAAUCCUGGGCGAAAGGUCGAAGUGGAAGCUUUCUACCUUCCGGAUCGCUUACGUCGGAAUAAAGGACGAUCUUGACAUUGGUCCCUACGCACCCUCGCCGGUAUUUGAACACCUCACCAGCUUCCAUCAUGGCGGAGGAGUCUCCUGCGAGACAGUGAACGCCCUGGCCUUUCAAAUUUCAAGGCCGAUCGAAACCGAUGCCUCAGCUUGUCGAGCUGUCUCUGGACAUAUGCACCGCACCUGA